UUGGUAUUCAUCCACAGCGUCAAAAUGGCGGAGCAAAUCUUGUUCAGAUUCGCAUGCCAAACGACAAGUUAGGUUUUAUCCUCUGUUUCGUAAAGAAGUGAAAUACUCAUCAUGGCAUCAGGAGGACGUAACACUAAAAAUCCGAAAACAUCAGCCUCAGAACCAAGACAGAGAAGUUCUUGGCAGCGUACAACAAGCAUGUCAGAUAGAGAUGACAAUGUCAGCCUUAACAGCUUUACCAAUGACUUGAGACCAAACAACUGGGAUUUCUCAGACUGGCGCCCCUCUGGCUCCCAGGAUCAGACGAAGCGCCGCAAGAAAGGCAAUCCAGAAUGGGAAAGAGAGCAGUCCCUCAUAGUUGAGUCCCCCCCUCCAUCGGAAAGAAAACAUGGCACUCCGAGAACAUUCCCUCGGACUAAAAUGACUCCUACUACCCCUACCUCACAGAGAUUAGCUUUAGAAAACCUUAGACAGCAGAUGACUUUCAGUGAUCAAGAAGAUGGUGUGAGUACUGAUGGAGAUCGAGAGAGGAACAAUGAGCGUAACCUGCUACGGAGGCGUGAAAACGUGGGUAGCAACAAUCGGCAGGCAGAGCGAGAUGACCCACCCCUGUCACGGCCCGUACCCAACCAGCGUGAUGAUAGAAACAAUCGCAACAACAAACAGAACGAGGCUAAGGCUGCUGCUGCUGCCUCUGCUUCUGCUUCUUCAGAUAAAGUUGAUAGCAGCCAGAUAGUGAGUCGUCUGAUGCAGAUACGAGAUUACAUAAAACAGGCCAGCUCCAUGAUGGACACAUUGAGGAAGUCGGGAGAUCCGCCUGGAAUGCGUGAAGAGGUGAACCGUCUGCAGAAGUUAAUGGAUCACCUCAAGGAACAGGAGAGGGAGUACACAAGUCUACUGCAAACCAUCCUGUCUGUUCAUGAUGGACCUGAUGUGAAUGGUAUCAGUCGGGAGAUGACACCUAACCAAGCUGACGGCCUAGAUGACACUACCUCCGUUGACUUGGAUGUGCAGUCUGAGGUCUCCGACAGAGAAGAGAGGUCCAUUAGUGCUUCAUCAAGGCCUAGAAUUGAAGACCAUCUUGGUCUUACCUCUGAUAAUGAUGAGGAGGAGGAUGAAGAGGAUAUAGUAGAGAAUGGGGCCCCCUCAGAAUCCUCCAAUAACUCUAGUACUAUGGAUGACACUGUCAUCGCUAAUCGAGGUCUGCCUGUGGACUAUGAGGAGCUGGCGGCCGUGAGUGGGCAGAACCAGGAGACAGUGGAGACUCUGGUGGCCCUCAGGCAGCAACAGGAGCUGCUCCAGAAACUUGUUGAUCAACAGGAACAGAUGCGAGCUUUACGCUCAAGGCAGGCAGCUCUUCUAUCUCUGCAACAAGAAGCUGAGGCAAAACUUGCAUCUACAAGACAAAAGAGCAAUGAAGCCCGUGCCAUGUCCAAUGCCCUGGAUCAGGCUGCAAUUGGCAUGACAAGCACUGUGGACGCCCUAACGUCCGCUGACAACAACACUGGCCGUCCUUCUGACCCAGACCUUUUCGAUAUUAGACAACAGCUCCAGUACCUUAGAAAUGAACUCAAGACACAGGAUCAAAACCAUCAACAGCCAGAGACCCAGCCUAGCCAGAGAAAGAACCAGCCCAAUCAAAAGAAAAGCCAACCCAAACAGCAGCGGGCAGCCUCACAGGAGACAAGGCUAAAAAACGUUCCCCCUCCCAGGCCCCCUUCCCCCAAACUGGCAGACAGACCAACCAGACAGGCACCACCAGCACAGGUAACAGCCCCUGUAGCUGUACCUGACCAGAACAUCCCUGCUGAACUGCUCACCAAGGAACAGCUGCAGGCAAGGCUUCAUGAUCUGCUCAACAAGAAAAACAGGCUGGACAAGAUGCUACAGGAGGAGUUCAGCGUGCCCCUUGUGCAAAGGUCGGACGAAAUGACCCAGGAUCAGCUGGCUGGCAAGCUUCAGGAGCUUCAGAACAAGAAGGGUCGCAUGGAUGACAUGCUCAGAGAGCUUCAGUCUCUCAGAGCAAACCCUGCAUUCACACUGAACAAUGCUGCAAGGUCAGGAGUCCAACCCCCAGUCUCUCAGCCUCAGGGAGCAAUGGCAGCACCUGAUCCAGUGUCCCAGUCUACAGAGAGUACGGAAAACCUCACAAAUGGUGUUCUUGAGAUGCUUGAUGCCAGGCAAAAACUACAGAAGCUGAAUGAAGUUAAGGGCAGGUUGAGCCAGCUGAAAUCUCUGGUUCACUUCUACCAGCAGGCAGGUCCUGAUGGCAGGCCUGGGGAGGAGGAGGACCAAUCUUCCAUCCCUGCAUACAGGGAAUAUGGGACCGAGCAUGAGGUCUCCAGGGAUAGGUCAACCAGUGAGCCCAGCAGACAAGGAGUAAGGCCCCAACAGGUGAACAUCCCCGUACAGAUAGUGGAGCAACUUGACUCUGACGAGAACAAUGGCUCCUCUUCUUCCUCUUCCUCCUCCUCAACAGACGGCGAGUCUGAGUCCCAGAUGUCUAGCCUUGGGCCCUGGGGCGACGACCCUGAAAUACAGGAGAAAGUCAGGUCAGAAAGAAAAUUGAAGGCAGCCAAGGAUAAGUUAAAGCACCUACAGAGCCUGGUUUCCAUGGUUCAGACGACCCCUGGUAUGGCAGAUGGACUGUCUGACAAUCUGGCUGAGCUGGCUGCAAGCCUGGAGGAUGAUGGUGAGAUGGAGGAGGGAGAGGACAGGAACAAUGCUACCCUAGGAGAGAGGGAGCCACCUGCACUGGAUCAGGAGGAUAGGGACACUUACUACCAGACAAAGAUGGAAGAACAGCUUGAAGAGUUGGAAGACUUGAGAAAUGAGAAAGACAGACUACUCAGUCUUCAGUCCCAACUACAAACACUGCAUCACAGAUUCAAACAGUCGGAAGAAGACAAGCAGACUCAGGACUCUGGAGAUGACUCUCGACCAAAAUCUCCAACCAACGAAGAAUCUAUCAACCAGGAGCCUAAUCCGUCAACUGGCCAGCAAAACACACAGGGACCCAGUGUCACAUUUUCUUCCAAUGAGGAGGUAUACUACAAGAUGCGUAACCAGCGGAUGAUGAGGGAGGAACUGAGAGAGAAAAAGAAGCAGCUUGAGUCGAUCAUGAAGAAAGACCGCAACAAGAAACAGUACUACAGAAACCAGGACAACCAGAGUGACACCGUCUCUUACAGCACAGAGCUGUUUGGAGCGAAUGCUAGUGUGGACCAGACAAUGGCUACCUGGGGAGGCUCCACUGUCGAUAACAUGGAGAGUAUAACUGAGGACGGUGCAGGACAAGACAACAAUGAGGAUGAUGAGGAGGAUGAUGCCUACCCGAUUGAUGGGAUCUUACAAGUGGAGGAAGAGGAGGAGGAGAACCAGUCUGACAAUGAGACUUACACCAUUGAAGAUGACGUGAGGCAACGUAGGAAGGCCCGCACAGUCCCUAAAGGGGACAACACUGAAGGUGGACCAGCCACCCGGAAGGGGAAUAAGGCCAACCAGAGUUUCCCACGAUCCAUGACAAAGGGAGGGGCCAGGGCUAAGGAAGUGUGGACCAAGCCUACAGACUUCAACAAGUGGUCCAGGAGUGGUAGAAAAUCGAGACAGGAGAACUACCAGUCUGCAGAGGAGAUUGUACAGGAGGCAGAGGAGAACCCUAGGAGCAAGUCAGUCAUCAAGGAUCUCCAGAGACAACUGGAGGAGACUAACAGACUGUGUCAGAGUCUUCUAGCAGAGCAGCAGUCUGGUCAGCUAGCUAGGCAAGCUGCUGCUGGUUUUGGUAGCCACAGCCAGCUUUCAGACUUUCAGCAACAGUUACAGCAGCAGCAGCUGAUGAUGAGUCUGAACCAGUGCUACCAGCAGAUCAACCUGCAACAGGCUGAGAUGCAAAAUAUGCAAAGACAAGUGCAGGCAUUAAUGUUCCAGCAGUCUGACAGUGCAGACCUAGAGGGGGGACUGUCCGGAGAUGUGAGGACCCGGUCCAUGUCAUCCCUGUAUAGCCCCCUGCUACCCCGCCAAUCCCCUAGUCUGCUCCUGCCCCCUGAUCCCUUCUCAUUCAACUCUCCAUACAUGCACAUGUCCCCAAUGGUGGACCCCAGGCUGCUCAGGAGGGCCAGUGAUAUGGAACAGACUGGACGAGGUGAGAUUAGUGAUAGUGGAGAGAGACAGAGGCGGUUAUCCCGAAACUCUCGGACAGAUUCAUACACACAAAAAAGUAAAAGGAAAUCUCAAUCUCAGAGUCCACAGCAGACAUCUUCCUCACAGGUGCGUAGCAAGGGUCCUGUGCAAGAGUUGUACGAGGAAGGGGUGGAGGAGGAGGAAGAGGAGAACCAGUUCUCACCAGACAGACAAAAGUUUGAGGACUACCUUGCAAGGAAAAAAAGGGAAUUCAUGGAGAGAAACAAACUUCAAGACAAGUCACCUAAGCCAACUAAGGACACAGGUCAGCGAAGUAGUUUUUCAGGCCUAAACAGUGACCAAUACAGGCCAGGCCUAAGUGCAGGGAUCAGUGGAGCAGGGUAUAUGGAGGACGGCCGCAGCGUGGUCAGCAGUGUCCAGUCUAGUGUGGCUGCAGUCUCACAGGCCAACCAGGCCGAUAGGCUCGAUAUUGCAAGAGAGUCAGAUGAAGACCCAGGUGAAAUGUCCCUGUUUGAGACUUUGAGAGAGACCAUCUACUCUGAGGUGGCCACCCUCAUCUCUCAGAAUGAGAACCGGCCCCACUACCUGAUAGAGCUAUUCAGAGAGCUACAGUUACUAACUACUGACUACCUGAGACAGAGGGUGCUCUAUGAUAUCAAGGAUGUUGUCUCCAAGUAUCUGGUGGAAGAUAAUGCUGUCAGCGCACCACCCCCAUCCUGGUUGACAUCGACAGCCCAGAACUACAACACUGCAGAACUGACUCCCAGUGAGAGUAUUGUCACCUCUGACGAUGAGGAGGUCAAGUACCUGUUGCAGAUGAAACUGAAGCAGAAGGUGGCUGCCAAUCUUGUUGCCAAAGAGCGGGAGCGUAACCUGGGCAACCAAGUGUCAAGGUCGUUGCUAAGGAGCGGGUCAAUGAAAAAUGACAAAUAUGACUACCAGGAGCAGGCUGAGGUGGCCAGCUCGGUCUCCACUCCAUCAAACUCCUACUGGGAGUCACCAUUCAACCAGGACUCUCUGGGGGAGACAGCCAUACAUUUAGACAAGACUCUGAAGAAGAUGAAAGAGUAUGAGGAAAGACUGACUGCCCAGAAGGACCAGCUGAAAGAGCGGUCAAGGGGUGAACAGUCUAGGAAUGAACAGUCUAGGGUCCGUGAAGAAAGGCUCACAGACUUGGGGGAGGUCAGCAGCUCAGCCAUGGAUCAGGGGGACGAGAGCUCCGUCAACUCUGACACUGUACCGUACCCCCGAAUUGACACCCAGCAGCUAGACCAGCAGAUCAAGUCUAUAAUGACGGAGGUGAUCCCGGUGAUAAAAGAGCACAUGGACAACAUGUGCUCACCCCAGCUGCUCGCCUACAUCAAGAGACUGGUGCUCUCUCUAACACGCCAGUAUGACGGUGGGCAAGAGUUUGCCAGGUUCUUCCACAGGCAGCUAGGGUCCAUCCUGCAGGAUUCACUAGCCAAAUAUGAGGGCAGAAAAAUGCGGGAGUGUGGUGAGGACCUACUGGUGGACAUGUCUGAGGUUCUCUUCAAUGAGCUGGCCUUCUUCAGGCUCAUGCAGGACCUAGAUGAUCCUCUCAUCACAGAGAAAAUGAAGAAGGCUCAGGCUCUAGACUCUGAGAAUGAUGAUGAGGAUGAUUUUGACAAGGAUAAUGAGAGUGAUGAUGAAUCCGACACCACAGAGACAACAGCCAAUGCCAGUGACAACCAGGACGAUACUCGCCCCACACAUGUUGAGGAAGAGGAUUUGGGAAAGGCUCGUGAUGAUGAGCUGGCAAAUGAGAUUGAGAUCUGUGAUGCUGAGGACAAGGAUGAUGAAACUGAAUCCCCAUACAAGGGUGUACAGAUACAGCUUGCCCCAAGUGAGACCAAACCUUAUACCAGGAUUGGUAGUGAUGAAGAUGAUGAGAGCGCCACAGAUGAAUCUCAAAGUAACGAGGACCCCAGUGAGACAGCUGUGUCCAUCACUGCGAGACGUACUGACAGGUGUAUGGAUGAGGUGGAGGGGGAUGGGGCAAGGGGGGACAGCACAGACACAGGGGCUGGGCCCAGCCAGGAAGAAGAAGGGCCCAUUCCUGCCCCAGUGACACCCACACAAGUCACUCUCAUUGAUCAGGGCAGGGACGCUGACCAAGGGGCCAGCAACGGCAAGACAGAAGAGGCUGAGUUAAUGAACGGAGAUAUCCUAAAUGGGGACAUGGAAGUGAUCACAAUGGAUGACCUACCACCAGCUCUCAAUGUCAUGUCCUCUGAGGAGCUGCAGUGUAAGCUGCUUAAUGAGGAGCAGGCCAACUCUGUAGUCGCAGCCAUGUCAGAGGUGAUGGAAGGACAGGAGGAGCUUGCUGGGGACCCACAGUUCCUUAAAGAACCUGAUGAAGCAAGUGGCUGAAAGGGAAUGCAGUAUUUAUUAUUAUGUUGUGAACAACAUUAUUGAUUGUUUUCAGUUGUAGUUAGAGGGUUCACUUAAAACAUAUAGUUUGUACACGUUCAUGUUUUAACUGAGGUUGUGUGUUUUACCUUUAGUAAACUGUGUUUUCGUUGAUCUGCAUUUUACAAUGCAAAAAUGUGGAUGUAAAGCUCUAACAGCAAAGUAUUAAUACAUAGUAUACCCCCGGUACUGAAAUGUUGAAAUUGUUUUUUACUGAAACAUAUUCGCAUAUGAAUUAUUGCUAGUAUUUAUGCUAAGUUUGUAGCCUCAUUGUUAUUGAUUGACUUUCAAGGCACUAGUGAUACCUGUUCAAAAAAGUUUGAAUUUUAUGCCUUUACGUCAGGUCUGUGAUGAAAAAGCUCUCCUUAUUUUCCGCAUGCAUUCCAUUUUUAUCCUUUCACGAUGAAUCAAACAAAUCUAACAGUGUGAUUAUUGAAUGCUAUUUCUGUAUACAAACAUUAAAGACUUCUUUCCAAACUGUUUAAGAACUAUUUCAAAUGAUUUAUAGUUGAAUUUGAUAGCUAAGAGAAAUUGUUAAGAAACAAAGGAUAUAUUAAAGAAAGCAGAUAAGAUACAUGAAGUAUUUGCUAUUGUACAUAUAAUUAUGUGUCUCCAUUUGUGUAUAUGUUUUGAUGUUACAUGUAUUCGUUAAUGUUUUUGUGUUUGUAAAAGGCUAUUUUGAAAGGAAAAUUAUUGAUCUGAAAAGUUAGCUGAAACUUGCACCUUUACCUUAAAGAUCACAAUUUUGUGAAUCUCAGCCUAUUUCUUGUACAUGUAUACACAUUAUGUCAUUUCAUACAUAGUUUUGUUGGUUGAACAAUUCCUUUUAUUGAACAGAAAAAAAUGUUCAGGUAUAAGCAUUGUGUCUGUGAUUCUCGUAAUUCGUCCACAUUUUAAGAAGUUUUGUUGUUUUGAUUCCAUUUUAAAGACAAAAGGAUGCGUUUCUAAUUUAUUUAGUCUUUCUUUAGUGUCCCAACUGAAAUGUGAUAACUUCAUAUUUAUUCCUUGUUACAUAUUUCAAGAAUUUAUAAAAUAAAGAGAUACAUUUUAUAAAAGAAGUGCAUAUGGUCUAAGUCGUAACAAAUAAAAUUUAUCUACAAAGAGACUGUUCAAUAAGAGACUGUUCAAUAUCCUAAUAGGUAUGAUUCUAGGUUUCUUGGGAUUCGUUUUGCUUAUGCUAUACACAAUGUAGCUAUUUAGAGUAAGAUUCAUGUAUUUCUUAUCACCUCUAAAUAUAAGUGUCAUUUUAUAGAGCCAUGUUUUUUCUAGGUUGUGAAAUUUUCUCAGAUAAAAUUAAAACAAAGUGCCAAACAAGAAUAAUUAUUUAUCUUAUCCCUAAAGAUUCAUGUAAAUUAGAUUACCAGUAUUGUAUUUAAGAUCACUGUCUAUACUUCUUUAUUAACAGUAUUCUUUACUCUUGUAAUUAUUUCGAACUAUUGCAAAAUAAACCCGUGUGGGACUCUUUCGUUUUUUGUAGAAUGAAAGCAUUUGUUUAUUUGAUAACUGUAUUUAUAUUUUUCAAUGAUCGAAAACAUAGUACUUUGUAUAUUUAUUUAAAGUGUCAAUUGUUUUUAUUUAAAAACAGCACAUUAAAGCCAUCAUUGUCAUCACCAUUUCAAUCAGUGUUAAUUGUCAAUAAAUGAAGUUGUCACA